GCUGAAACGUCAUAUCCGGCUACAUGGCGCUUGGGGAACAUAUCAAUAGACUUAAGAUAGAAAUAAGAUUGGACAAGAGGUCAAGAUGAAAAGAUAACUAGACCAUGGCUUUCAAUCUCCCAGACAACAUGAACAUUGGAAUUUAUACGGGGCAGCCCUUGCCCCAGAACAUAAUGAUAGCCCAACACAGCACUCAGGGGUCAACUCGCACUCAAUCUCAUGGCUUGGCCACUCGCCCAAGUGAGCUGCUGUCUGUAGCAACUACUCACUUCACUCAUACUAACACACCAGGGUAUAUAAUGGUUCCCACUAACAGUAUCCCCCAAACAACGCUGAAAACUAGUGUCAGCAGCUCUGAAACCAAACUCAUGAAACCUCAGAUCCUAGAAAAAAUGAGAGCACUCAGAGAUAGAGGAAAGUAUUGCGACCUUGCCAUUGAUGUUAAAGGUGUCCGCUUCCAUGCUCACCGAAAUAUUUUGGCAGCGUGGAGUCCAUACUUUGAUUGCCAGCUUCUGAGUGAAAAUCAUGUGAUGAGAGAUUUACUGAUUGUUAAUUAUGACAGUUAUGAAGUUUUCUCAGACUUGCUGGACUUUUUGUACUCUGGUACAAUUGCUCCAAGAGAAACAAACUUUUUGCAGCUUCUUCACUUGGCAGUAAGCUUUCAGAUAGACCUUCUGAAACACUACUGUGAAGAAUUCUUGAGGAGCAACUUGCAUCUAGGAAAUUUCCUUAGCACAUACUUCUUGUCCAGAAAGUACAACCUCAAGUCCUUGGAGGAAUUUAUUGUGAGCUUUAUCCAGGCUAACUUGUCUGACGUAGUGAAACAAAAUGAGUUCCUCACUCUUCCUGCAGAUCGUUUCAAUGCAAUUCUAUCCAAGGGUUACAUGGUGGAUCUUAAGCCUGAAAUAAAACUAUUCCUCAUUAUUAGCUGGGUGGGAUAUGAGGUCAGAGACCGUGAAUGUUUUCUCAUUCAGCUUUUGAGACAUAUUGACUGGUCCAUUGUAGCGAGUGACUUCCUACUAGAGAUCAGCAGAACAGAGAACUUUUUCACCACUCAUGAAUCAAGUCUUUAUUUGUUGCUGCAGACAUUGUAUAGUUCAGGUAUUUCUCUUGGUCCAUAUUCUGACCAUUUCCCAAGCCUUCGCCAAACAUACUCUCACAUGUUGAAUGAUAUUGUAAAAGCAGGUUUGAUUCAGGCAUAUGAAGAGGAGUUUUACCCUGUGACUGCCUCGGGAGUUUGUACUAAAUUUCUAAGGUCAGAUGCAUGUGUUGGCACGGAUAACUAUUAUCACACCACCACAGAGGUUGAAAAGACAUGGGAGGAAUUACGGAGUGCUGUUUUUAGUCCACCUAGUCAGCAAACAAACAUCUACGAAAGACAAAUUCAUGAGAUGGAAAAAGAAAAUACUAUGCAUUAUAAACCUCCUAGUGGUAUACAGCAGACUGUUGAAACUUUCCGUGUUGAGGAAGAAUGCAAAUCUCACAAACGAAAAGGAAAACCUCAGCGUAAAAUGAUUGUUCCCAAGUCACCUGAAAGAGAACCAUUUGCAGAGAACUGUCUGAAAAUUUCCCCCAAACGGGGAAAAAGAACAUUGCAAGAUGAUGUGAAUCAGGAAGUAAAUAGACAUUUAUUCAAGAAAGGACAAAAAAUUACAAAGAGAGGAAAAGGAAGAGGAAAUCUGAAAAGCGAACCAGAAAGUGAGGAAGAUGAGGAAGCAGAAGAGAAUGAAGAAGACCAAAUUGAUAGUGUGGAUAAUGAGGAAAGUGAGGAAAGUGAGGAAGAGGAAGAAGAGGAGAUAGGUGAUGAAAAUGAUGAAGAAGAGGACAAUGAUGAAAAGAUUGAGGAAGAAGAGGAUGAUGAGGAUGCUGAAGAUGAGGAUGAAAAUAAUGAGGAGGAAGAUGAUCAAAGAGAAGAGGAAGAAGAUGGAGAAGAAACACUUGAUAACACCGGUGGGGAUUCUGAAGAUGCAGAAAUGCUUGAAGAAUCAGAAGAGGAAUGGGUUCCUGAGGAAGAUACAAAAAAAGAAAUCAAAGUCAGAAGGUCCAAUAGACCUGUAAAACCUUCCAGACAUGUCAGACCGACAAGGGAGAGAAAGCAUAAAAAGAUAACUCCCAAAAAGAAAAACGUCAAGGACAUGGUUAAAUGUAGCCUAUGUGAGUAUGAAACGGAUUCUAAAGUUCGACUUGAUACUCAUGUGAAACGAAUUCAUGAAUGUCACAUGACUUAUAAAUGCAUGCUUUGUGACUACUCAACAAAAUGGAACAAAGGAUUCACAGAUCAUUUAAAGACAACCCAUUUUCCGGGUCCUCCAUUUAAAUGUACAGAAUGUGACUUCUCAGGCAAAAAGCUGCAUCUUCUUCUGUCACAUCGUACUAAACAUGGUGAAGACCGUCCACAUGCCUGUGAUGUUUGUGAUCAGCGAUUUAAAACCAGAAAUAAUGCCCUGGCUCAUAUAAAGGUUCAUUCAGGGCUACGUCCGUUUGAGUGUAAAAUAUGCCACAAGCGCUAUGCCACCAAAAACACGAUGGAGCAGCACAUGGUGACACACAGCAGUGACAGGCCUUACCUUUGUGAUGAGUGUGGUUUUUCCUCAAAGUUUCAGUCUCACCUGAUCUCACAUAAACGGAUACACACAGGUGACCUGUUUCCGUGCAGCUAUCCACAAUGUACCUAUAAAACCCCAAAGAAAAGCCAGUUGAAAUGUCACAUGAAAAGUCACCUUAACAUCCGACAACACAUCUGUACAACCUGUAACAAAGCUUUCAUUGAGAAGAGUCAUCUCGUCAGGCACCAAAAAAUCCACUCAAAUGAAAAACCAUACCAAUGCCAGGAGUGUGAUUACAAGACAACUCGCCCAGACAAGAUGAAGGAGCACUUUUCAAGGCAUCAUGGUCCAGAGGCCUCUGUGAAAAUUCCAUAUAAACAGAGAAAGCCACGAACUCGCAAGGUCAAGCAGACACCGCCAUCAUUUCCUCACUUUGAUCAUGCUGCAUAUACAAUGCCCCCCACUCAAUUUCAGAAUGACCAUGGAGGUUAUACUAUACAGGAAAAAGAUCAACAAAGGCAAACAGAUUUCAAUUCUUUCAUUCAGGACAUCCGCAUGCAUCUUGCCGAAAACAGUAACAGUGGAAACAUGGAGGCCAUGACCAUCGUAAAUGUGCCCAUCAUGGCAGACCAGAUUGUGGACGCAGCAGUGGGAGACAAUAGACUGACCAUUGCAGACACUCCCCAUAAUUCAUCAGCAACUUCCACUGCAAUGACAAUAAUUCAUGAUGAACACCAGGCUUAUGUUGCACAGCAAGGCAUUCAGCAGACAAACUCAGGAUUACAACAGGGACAGAAUCAAGAUUAUGGAGGUCUUGGUGCUUUUAUGGCCCUGUUUUAGGAUACUGACUUGAACAGGCCCAUUACCAUGAAUUUUCAAAGGGGUUAUGAAUACUGAGGAUUUCCUAAAAUUGGGUGGGAAUGAUUCAUAAUUGGAAGAUCCCUAAAUAGUGGAAGAUAUGAAGGUUAAAACUACACACAAAUACCAUAUGCAUAAUGAUAGUUGGGAGGAAGGGGGGGGGGGGGGCAAAAUAUUGUUUUCUUGUAAACUUUUGGAUUUGUUUAGUGCUCUUCAAUAGGGGAUGCGGAUGUACCACUCGUUGGUUAUGGGCCUGUUGACAGAAUUGUGAAUGAAAUUAGUUUUCAUUCUGACUUGGUAUUUUACACAGGUCAAAGAUGCUAGUCAUUUCAUCAUGUUUUAAUUCAAUAAGUUGAUUAUAAUUUGUGAAUACAUGUAUUUCAUAAUAAUUUAUAUAUAUUUAAAAUUUAUAUUAUACCUGUGUAUGCAUUUCAUGAAAUUUUAUUUGGUUGUGUACUUAUUUUUGAGAGUGGUCCUAGAUGAGGUUAGGUACCAUAUAGAGACAGAAAUACCAUGCAUUGUCAUCCUGUCAUUUUGACAUUGAUGGUAGGGUCUGGUUGAUAAUGAACUGCCAUAUCUCCACACAAUGUACAGUGAUAAACACAUAUGUAUAAGUAAAUAUUCUACAGAGUUUUAAAUAUACACCAAUGGUAAUGGAUUGAAAUCCAAGAGUAAGGUAUUGCCUAUCUUGUUAAAUGGACACAUGCAUUAUCAGUAGUUGAUGGGUUUCUCUUCGUCCAUUGUCUGUCUGUCCAUUAGUCCAGGUGAAUUUCCAUAUUCUUGAAUGUAAUGUAGUGUUCCUUGAACACUAAUUUGAUUUUGAUAGAAUCUUGGCCAGUUGAAAUUUGUGAUGGCCAUGCAUGUGCCAAUAAAUUCUUUACACAAGCAGA